GGGUCCGGCAGGCGCAGUGGCUCACCAAGACGAAGCUGGGGGAAGGUUUGCCUCCGUCCGUGCGGAGCAUCAUUGAGAACCCGGCUCAUCAGCUGGAGGACCACGAGGAGGAGGUGAAGCGGGCGGUGUCGCACGCAAGGCUCUGGGACACGACAGAAGUUAUUCCCAAGAGAGAACAUUAUUGCCCAGUAUUGUUUGAAGACUUGAUACAUAUAUGUCGGUUAAUGUCUGCAAAGUAUCCUUCUCUGGCUAAAAGAAUGUUGGCUAGAAACUACAGGAUAGCAGCUACAUGGGAAAGAGAAUCUAUUCUCCUUCAGGUUCGUGGCCUGAAUGGAAUACUUAUGAACUCUAUGGCCCCAAUACCACCAGUAGCCUCCAAGGAGGAGGUACUAGCCACUGAAGAACAUGUUCUGGAGACCUUCUAUCCCAUCUCUCCUACCAUUGAUCUUCAGGAAGUGAUUGUGUACAAAGAGCUCAAUGACACAGGUUUUAAAGAUGGUUAUCCAUACUCUCACCCUCACACUCUGUUCUUCCUGGAAUCGGCCAACAUUCGUCCUCACAGGUUCAGACCAGAGCAGCUUCGUGCCAAGAUGUUGAUGUUUGCUUUUGGCAACGCGCUGGCAAAGGCCAGGAUGCUCUAUGGGAAUGAUCCCAAGGUUUUGGAGCAGCCAGUAGUGGUGCAAAGCAUUGGCACAGACGGCCAGCUCUUCCAGUUCAUGGUGUUCCAGUUAAAUACAACAGACCUUGUCUCUAAUGAUGGCAUAAAAAAUCUAGUCUGGAUUGACUCUGAUCAAAAUCUCUACGAAGGUGCCCUGUGUGUUCCAAUAGUCAAGAAGGGAGUUGUUUUGAAGCCCGCUGGAAUACAUGGCUUUCAGCCAGACACAUUCAAGAAGUUUCUGGCACUGUAUCUGCAUGGAACUGUGUGAAAUUCAGCUCCAAUGAAAAUACUUCACCAACUGUACCUGCUGCUUCCCUUUGCCAGAACCAGCACAUAAUUAAAGAACGGUGGAUUAAUUUUACUUUCAAAAAUAAAUUAUAUUGUUACUGAAAGUAAAUCUUUCUCUUUUUUUA